AUGAAGAGCCACAGAGAUGCCAUCCGAAAGGGGCAAGAAUCAGGUGACUACGUUCCCGGAGUCAUGAACUACUACAGCUUGAUGUCGGACCUCAUCACUCUGUGCAGCGGCCCCUUUUGGCACUUUGUUCCAAUGUUUAAAGGUGUGUCACGAGCAGAAGCCCAUUCUCGUUUUCAUCACACGGUGACUCGAUAUUUGGGUGCAGGCAAAGAGGAUACUGUUUUGGAGAUCGGCUGCGGCUAUGGAGAGAUGGGCCGCCAAGUUGCCAAGAUCUCUGGUGCGUCAGUGACUGGUUUGACCAUGGCAGACGCAGAGAUUGUAGGUGGUAACGAACGCAUCAAGGAUGCUGGUCUGGAUGAUCGUUGCAAGAUUGUACAGGGCAACUACCACAAGACAGACUUUCAGGAUGCAAGCUUCAGCAAAGUCUUUGGUAUCUACACCUUGAAGUACUCCUCAGAUUUGGAUGCGGUCUUUGGCGAGGUUGCCAGGCUCUUGAAGCCAAACGGCCGCUUUCUUUCGUAUGAAAUCCUGGUCACAGAUACUUAUGACAAGACCAAUCCGGAGCACCAGGAGUACGUGCAGAACAUCUCGACAUGCACAUGCAUGCCUCCGCUCUGGCCCGCACAAGCAAUGCGUGAUGCUGCGCUGAAAGCAGGUUUGGUGCCAGUUGUAGAGGAGGACAUUGGAGCCGUGCCUAAUGCAAGGCCAUGGUACACUUGCUUCACAAACGGUAUUUACCAAAUCCUUGCCUGCCCGCUUUUGCUACCAUUCUUUCGGUGUGCGGAGACAAUGCGAUUGCUUCCUCCGGCGUUCACCGACUGGUUCGAGAAUGUGCUCGUCCAUCCAACCGUUGACUUUGUCCGGGCUGGAAGGCUUGGAAUCAUCAGCGGCACCGUGGUGAUGACCUGGAGAAAGCCAUGA